UUAGUUUUAGGGUAACUGUAAUCCUCGCAUCACCGACAACAUGAGGUUCUUGUUGUUAUUAAUGCUUUGCCUUGCUUUCGUCCUCGUUGCAGCUGAACCCAGUUUUGUAGAGGAUGAAUAUUUAGAAGACGCAGAGGAAAAUGAUGGGCGUCAUCAUUUGCGCCAAUGCCAAACAAAAGAGGACUGCAGAGCUGGAGAAUGUUGUCGGCCACAGGGUUGCAGGUUUUGGCGAAGGCGCAUUUGCUUUAAACAGAAGACGGAAAAUCAACGAUGUAAAAAAUCAAUUUCAAUCAAAACCUGUCAUCUCGAUUGUGCAGAUGGCCUGGAGUGCGUAAUGCGUGGGAAACCUGAUGAUUUUCGUCAUCCUCGUCAUUAUUGUAAGUGUGUUCGUCCUCUCCCACCCACUGAGGAACCGGGCUCUGGGGACAUAGACGACUGAGGGAACUGGAUACCAGAUGUAACACGUGACACAUGUUGUUUCACAAGUCGAAAUGAUAUGAUUACAAUUGAACGUGUAGAUUAGUGAACUGUUCAGAUGAUCAAUAAAAAGCGUGUGAACUGA